GCUUUUUCUGUGCCAUGGAAGAAACUUUAUCAACUGGUGUAAAGAAACAAAACUUCAAAGCAGGCACUUGGAAAACUCCGGAGAUUCUGCUGGCAACCCUGGUCUGUAUCCUAUUGAUCUGGUACUUGCAUUUUCUGUGGAGCAGAAGGAAGCUCUACCAUUGCUCCAGAAGUCUGCCGGGACCAUCUGUUCUGACUCUGUUAGAAUGUUUUCUACGUUGCAUAAUAAAUCCACACAGUUUAUUCCCCUUCGCAAUGAAGUUGUGCGACGAAUAUUCAGGCAUAUUUCGAGUCUGGUUCGGCCCUAGGUUGUUCCUUAUUACGUGUCAACCUAAACACUACGAAAUUUUGCUACCGCAUUGCUUGAGCAAGGACAAAUGGUACAGCUUCGGUGAACAAGCCGUAGGUCAUGGGCUGUCGACUGCUCCCUUAAAAACGUGGAAGAAGCAUAGGAAGACCAUAAUGCCGACUUUUAACCAGAAAAUCCUAGAUGGGUUCGUGGAGAUCUUCUCUGAGCAGUCGCAAAUUUUGGUGGAGCAAAUGGAAAAGUUUGCCGGAAGAGGGGAAUUCGAUGUCUUCGAAGAAUUGAUAACGAAGUGCACAGUUGACAUUAUUUGUGAAACUGCUAUGGGGGUGAAGGUCGGUAAUCAAACAACUGAUGAUAGGCCUGUUUCGAAAUGGAUCGACAGGGUAUUGGAAAACAUGUUUGUUCGGGCGUUUGUGUUUCAUUACCAUUUCGACGCCAUUUUCAAUCUGACAGCCAGGUCGAAGGGCGAUCGAGCUGCUCUGAAAAAUUUCCAUGAUUUUUCUGGUUCGGUGAUCAAGGAGAAGAAACAAUUGCUCGACAAAGCCAGAAAGCAACGCAAAGACUCUGAAGAUUUUGUCGAAGAACGCAAGGGGAAAGUAUUUUUAGAUUAUUUAUUGGAAAUUACUGCCGAUGGGAACCAGUUCACUGAGCAAGAAUUGAGAGAUGAGGUUAACACUUUCGUAAUAACUGGUUCCGACACAACAGCGUCGACAAUUGCGUUCGUUCUGAUCAUGCUCGGACUUCACAAAGACCUGCAGGAAAAAGUGUAUGAAGAAAUUAUUGAAGUGGUAGGUCCAAAAAGGACUGUGGAAAAGGAUGAUCUGCCCAAACUCUGUCACAUGGACAGAUUCAUUAAAGAAACCCUCAGGCUGUUCCCUGUGGUAGGUUUUAUUGCCAGGGCCACUGAAGAAGAAGUCGAUCUCGGGGACCAAGUGAUUCCAGGAGGAGUUUCGGUGGUUUUUAUGAUUCUCAGCACCCACACCAACAAAAGAUUCUGGCCAGAUCCGUUCAAGUUCGAUCCGGACCGAUUUCUACCGGAAGAAGUCGAGAAAAGACACCCUUGCGCCUAUAUACCCUUUUCCUACGGUCGUAGGAACUGCAUAGGAAUGAAGUACGCCAUGAUGUCCAUGAAGACACUUCUGGCGACGGUGAUGAGGAAAUUCAAGUUCGAUACGUCCUAUAAGAGUGUCAAGGAGAUCGAGUUGAAGUUUAAUACCGUAAUGAGACCUAAAGAUGGAUAUAAGCUGUCUCUGGAGCCAAGAUAAUUCAUUGCUAUAUAAUAAACUUUAUUAUCAAGGUCGAGGGGUUUAUUUUUCAAGUUAAUGGUUUCUGCAAACUCUGGCAUUUUAACUUUUGUUAGAUCUCGACCCAUUCUGCAUUUUAAUUUAUUUCAACUAUAUUUUUCUGAUAAUGUCUUAGCCUAUGCUCCAUUUUAAUAACAUGAUAAUCAAAUCAAUAAUAAAUUUUGUAAUAACCAUUUCAACCAUUAUCUCGUUAACCUGAUUUCAUCUCAAUAUAUACAUUUCUUUCAUUAUCUUAGGUAUUAGGACUAUAACGAAUUUCGUUUUUUUUAUUUGUUUUAUUAGUAAUCAGAUAUUUACAAUAUACAGGGUGUCACAUACUUAGUGUGCAAUACUAUAGCAGUAGAUUCUACGAUCAAAUAUAAGAUUAUUUUUUCCUAUAAACUAGGGUCGAAAAUGCUUCCUAAGGGAGCUGGCUACGGCCCCCUAAAAGGGGCCUCAGGAGAUCAUAUUUUUCAAAAUAUUUCCAAAACCAGUCAUUAUGAAUUUUGGUACGUUGGAGAUUCAAUAAAUGUUCUAACGAACUACACGAAAACUGUUUAAAAAUUUUAGUCAGGGGUGUCUCAGGCAGGAGGGCUCACGGGUAAAAUGCGCCCCCAAUUUUUUGCAUGUCAGUAUUUUCAAAUUUAAACAUCAAACUAUGAUAGAUAUGAGUUUUUCACAAAAAAUUGUACUCUUGAUUUACGUCCAUAAAACGCUUCGUUUUCGAGAAAAAUCGAUUUUAAAGUUUUAUUACAUAAUCUCAAGAAUGGAAAAGGAGUGCAUGAAUAAGUAGGUAGGCCAGGAAAACAAACGUUUGUUUACUUGAAUUAAUUUGACUGAUCAUUAAACUAAAAUUUUUGCUUUCACUUUACGGUGCUGUAUUGGAUAUUAAGUAAAAUCUAAAGAAAAAAUGCAGAAUUUUAAUAAUAAUUAGACAUUAAUUUUGUAUAUGGAUUUUGUAAUGGGAGAGCACUAGCGGCACAAAGGAAAUACCAACGGCGAUACCAGAAAGGCCACCAAAUGAUUUUGAAAAUACUUUACAUCAAUUCGAUGAUAAUUCUAAUAUUUUCAAAUGUAAACACCAAAAGAUGAUAGAAAUGGUUUUAAAAAAAAAUGGACUCUAGAUUUACCUCGAUAAACUGUUUCGUUUUCGAAAAGUAUCUAUUUAGAUUUAGAAGUUAUAUCUCAUGCCCGUCUUCUUCAUUUCAAACUACAAAUUUAGAAACCAUUUUUGCAUCGUUCAAAUCACAAACCGUUUGUAGACUGCAUGCGUAGUAGAAAUAGUUUGCAAACUAUCAGUAAUUUACUACAGAAACAAACCUGAUAUGCACAGUAGUCAACUGAAGUUUUGUAAUAAAUCAGAUAAUAAAGAAAUUAUAUACGU